CCCUGGAAAAACACAACCAGAUGUUUCGUAUAUAAAUACAAUUGAUGACAGUUUUACAUUGUAAACUAUGAAGUAAGGGAGGAGGGGCAAUCUGAACAAUGAAAAAAGAUAUUCAAGUGCAAUCUAUGGUAUUAAUCAUGUGUACUAAGUUUCAUAAAAAACUGGUUGAGAAGGUAAGCUGCUAUAGCCACGGUGCAUCAGACAAACGUCCAUGCCAUUAUGGGUCUCGGUUAAGGCGUCUGACUGUCUAUCACUUCACCACUGGUCCCAGGUUUGUGGCUCUGUUAAGGCGUCUGACUGUCUAUCACUUCUCCACUGGUCCCAGGUUUGUGGCUCUGUUAAGGCGUCUGACUGUCUAUCACUUCUCCACUGGUCCCAGGUUUGUGGCUCUGUUAAGGCGUCUGACUGUCUAUCACUUCACCACUGGUCCCAGGUUUGUGGCUCUGUUAAGGCGUCUGACUGUCUAUCACUUCACCACUGGUCCCAGGUUUGUGGCUCUGUUAAGGCGUCUGACUGUCUAUCACUUCACCACUGGUCCCAGGUUUGUGGCUCUGUUAAGGCGUCUGACUGUCUAUCACUUCACCACUGGUCCCAGGUUUGUGGCUCUGUUAAGGCGUCUGACUGUCUAUCACUUCACCACUGGUCCCAGGUUUGUGGCUCUGUUAAGGCGUCUGACUGUCUAUCACUUCACCACUGGUCCCAGGUUUGUGGCUCUGUUAAGGCGUCUGACUGUCUAUCACUUCACCACUGGUCCCAGGUUUGUGGCUCUGUUAAGGCGUCUGACUGUCUAUCACUUCACCACUGGUCCCAGGUUUGUGGCUCUGUUAAGGCGUCUGACUGUCUAUCACUUCACCACUGGUCCCAGGUUUGUGGCUCUGUUAAGGCGUCUGACUGUCUAUCACUUCACCACUGGUCCCAGGUUUGUGGCUCUGUUAAGGCGUCUGACUGUCUAUCACUUCACCACUGGUCCCAGGUUUGUGGCUCUGUUAAGGCGUCUGACUGUCUAUCACUUCACCACUGGUCCCAGGUUUGUGGCUCUGUUAAGGCGUCUGACUGUCUAUCACUUCACCACUGGUCCCAGGUUUGUGGCUCUGUUAAGGCGUCUGACUGUCUAUCACUUCACCACUGGUCCCAGGUUUGUGGCUCUGUUAAGGCGUCUGACUGUCUAUCACUUCACCACUGGUCCCAGGUUUGUGGCUCUGUUAAGGCGUCUGACUGUCUAUCACUUCACCACUGGUCCCAGGUUUGUGGCUCUGUUAAGGCGUCUGACUGUCUAUCACUUCACCACUGGUCCCAGGUUUGUGGCUCUGUUAAGGCGUCUGACUGUCUAUCACUUCACCACUGGUCCCAGGUUUGUGGCUCUGUUAAGGCGUCUGACUGUCUAUCACUUCACCACUGGUCCCAGGUUUGUGGCUCUGUUAAGGCGUCUGACUGUCUAUCACUUCACCACUGGUCCCAGGUUUGUGGCUCUGUUAAGGCGUCUGACUGUCUAUCACUUCACCACUGGUCCCAGGUUUGUGGCUCUGUUAAGGCGUCUGACUGUCUAUCACUUCACCACUGGUCCCAGGUUUGUGGCUCUGUUAAGGCGUCUGACUGUCUAUCACUUCACCACUGGUCCCAGGUUUGUGGCUCUGUUAAGGCGUCUGACUGUCUAUCACUUCACCACUGGUCCCAGGUUUGUGGCUCUGUUAAGGCGUCUGACUGUCUAUCACUUCACCACUGGUCCCAGGUUUGUGGCUCUGUUAAGGCGUCUGACUGUCUAUCACUUCACCACUGGUCCCAGGUUUGUGGCUCUGUUAAGGCGUCUGACUGUCUAUCACUUCACCACUGGUCCCAGGUUUGUGGCUCUGUUAAGGCGUCUGACUGUCUAUCACUUCACCACUGGUCCCAGGUUUGUGGCUCUGUUAAGGCGUCUGACUGUCUAUCACUUCACCACUGGUCCCAGGUUUGUGGCUCUGUUAAGGCGUCUGACUGUCUAUCACUUCACCACUGGUCCCAGGUUUGUGGCUCUGUUAAGGCGUCUGACUGUCUAUCACUUCACCACUGGUCCCAGGUUUGUGGCUCUGUUAAGGCGUCUGACUGUCUAUCACUUCACCACUGGUCCCAGGUUUGUGGCUCUGUUAAGGCGUCUGACUGUCUAUCACUUCACCACUGGUCCCAGGUUUGUGGCUCUGUUAAGGCGUCUGACUGUCUAUCACUUCACCACUGGUCCCAGGUUUGUGGCUCUGUUAAGGCGUCUGACUGUCUAUCACUUCACCACUGGUCCCAGGUUUGUGGCUCUGUUAAGGCGUCUGACUGUCUAUCACUUCACCACUGGUCCCAGGUUUGUGGCUCUGUUAAGGCGUCUGACUGUCUAUCACUUCACCACUGGUCCCAGGUUUGUGGCUCUGUUAAGGCGUCUGACUGUCUAUCACUUCACCACUGGUCCCAGGUUUGUGGCUCUGUUAAGGCGUCUGACUGUCUAUCACUUCACCACUGGUCCCAGGUUUGUGGCUCUGUUAAGGCGUCUGACUGUCUAUCACUUCACCACUGGUCCCAGGUUUGUGGCUCUGUUAAGGCGUCUGACUGUCUAUCACUUCACCACUGGUCCCAGGUUUGUGGCUCUGUUAAGGCGUCUGACUGUCUAUCACUUCACCACUGGUCCCAGGUUUGUGGCUCUGUUAAGGCGUCUGACUGUCUAUCACUUCACCACUGGUCCCAGGUUUGUGGCUCUGUUAAGGCGUCUGACUGUCUAUCACUUCACCACUGGUCCCAGGUUUGUGGCUCUGUUAAGGCGUCUGACUGUCUAUCACUUCACCACUGGUCCCAGGUUUGUGGCUCUGUUAAGGCGUCUGACUGUCUAUCACUUCACCACUGGUCCCAGGUUUGUGGCUCUGUUAAGGCGUCUGACUGUCUAUCACUUCACCACUGGUCCCAGGUUUGUGGCUCUGUUAAGGCGUCUGACUGUCUAUCACUUCACCACUGGUCCCAGGUUUGUGGCUCUGUUAAGGCGUCUGACUGUCUAUCACUUGCCCUUCACCACUGGUCCCAGGUUUGUAGCUCUGUUAAGGCGUCUGACUGUCUAUCACUUCACCACUGGUCCCAGGUUUGCGGCCUACAUAUGGAGCAUUUGCCAGGUACUGACCACAGGUGGUUUUUCUCUGGACAGUUUGGUUUUCCUCCACCACCAAAACCUGGCUUGUCCUUAAAUGACCAUAGCUGUUAAUAGGACGUAAAACAC